UUUGCGUCGGCCAGAAGGACAGCCAGCGUCAUCGCUGCCACUGUGACGAUGAGCGUCGCGCUGGGGUUGUGUGUGGUUGUCUGUUUGGCGGUGGCGGCCUCGGGUGUGGAGGGCCGUCAGGAAGCGCGGCGGGCUGCUGCCACGUGUGCGGAUCUGGCCGGUAACGACACGUACCAGCUCUCCUUUGAAGGGUCCUGGUCAUAUGUGACCUUGGCACCGGCCUCGGACCCGACAUCCAUGGGUGCAUUGGGAUACCGCGUGUUCAGUGACUGGUCGCCAGGCACUCCUUUGUUCCCAGAGAUUGUCACCAUGGCAGUGGAGGACAGUGGCAUUGCUGGAGAAGGCGACCUUUCAUGCGACGCCAUUGCUGACGGAGGCUAUGAGUGGAGACCCGACUACGCAGUGAUAAAGGCAAAGUGCGGAAAGAACGUGGAGGUGCAUGUGAAGGUGGCAUACACCUCGUCGACCACAACGUGCGCGCAGUACACCGUGUCCAACCUCAAGCAAGCACCGGGGUCCUCCACAUCUCCGCUGUCUUCUUCGCCAGCGCUGAAGCUGGUGUUUAGUGGGAAGGCACCCAACUUCUUGGGAGCCACGUCAGCGGCGCAGGUCAACGGCACCAGCAUCAGCGUCGCCACAAAGGCCACCAUGCCCUUGCCCCCUUACACCCAGCAGAUGCACCGCUACUGGCGCGUGCAGACGUCGCUCAACACCGCGCCGUCCCUCGAUGCUCAAUCGCACGCAUACGCGUGGUCCCUCUCCCUCCCGGCCGCAGCUACCAAGAACGUCACCUUCUGCCUGAGCGAGUACGAUUCGCCCCCGUCCGCGCCAGCGCCGCUUGCACCAGUGCUGGACACCAGCAACACCACCACAGACAUCAACGACUGGCUGGCGCAGCUGCCAGUGCCGCCGGCCUCAGCUCACAUCGGGCCAACAGAGUUCAAGAUGUACUACAACGCCUGGUUUCAGUUCUGGUUCAACACGGAGCGCGCGGGUGGAGAGCACUGGGUGCGCCCCGUCAUCACCCCGUCCAUGUCGCGAUACGCGCGUGGUCUCUGGCUCUGGGACACGGGCUUUCACGUCUUUGCGCUGCUUGCCAGCCCAGGCUCUCGCGCGCUGGCCAAGGCGAAGGAUCAGCUCACGGUUCUCACGACUGCUGGCGUCGCUGUCGGGCACAUCCCUCGCGUUGUUGGCGCCACCGUCAUCGAGAAGACCACCCAGCCGCCAGGCAUCCUGACGUGGGCAGCCCUUGUCAUCUACAACCGCACACGCGACGACGACUUUCUGCGACUCGCCUUCAAUGCGUUUGCACAGAACAACGACUGGUUCUACGCGCAGCGGCUGGCCAAGGACGGCAGCGGGCUGUGCCUGUGGGCGGGCGAAGACAGCGGCUGGGACACGUCGCCGCGCUGGGAUCAAGGGCCCGUGGAGGCCAUCGACCUCAACACGUGGCUGCACAUGGACCACCUGCUGCUGGCGCACAUGGCAAAGCUGCUGGGCAAUGCGACUGCGCACGACAUGUGGACGCAGCGCGCGCAUCAGAGCGCAGCGGCGAUUCAGCGCUGGCUGUGGGACGACAGCAAGGGCGUGUUCUGGGACCGGCUGCCCGCGCAGUCGGCUGUCCAACACGAUGGUGGGACCACGCGUAUCCGAUCACCAUCGCCACCGGGCUCGUUUGUGGAUGUGGUGACACCGGCGCCGUUCUGGGCGCUGCUGGGCAAUGUUGCCAACGCAUCCCAGGCGGAAUCUGUCUCGAGCGUGCUGCUCACCCCGUCCAACCUCAUGACCCCGUACCACAUGCCGUGCGUGGGGCGCUCUGAGAAGGUGUUUGAUCCCACAGACUACUGGCGCGGCCCCGUGUGGGUGAAUGUCAACUGGCUCGCUGGCGUCGGCCUUGACUGCUACGGCCAGCACGAUCGUGCAAGCAUGCUGCGCAACGCCACCGUUGCGGUGGUGAACGGGCAGCCGGAGCCCCGCGAAUACUACAACCCGCUCACUGGAGAUGGCCUCGGUGCAAAGCGGUUCUCGUGGACUGGUGCUGUGUACAUUGUCACGCUGCAGGAGAUGGCGGGCAACAGCGACGUCGCAAACACGCUCCACACCAUCUUGCAGUGCCGGCAUUCCAAGUAGCUCUGGCGUUACGUCUAUGUGUGGAUCCGUUGUGUGUGUGUGUGUGUGUGUGUGUGUGGUUUGUUUGUUUGUUUGUUUGUUUGUGUGUGUGUGUUUGUGUGUGUGUGUGUGUGUGGGUUGUUUGGUUGUUUGUUUGUGUGUGUGUGUGUGUGUGUGU